AUGGAUGCAGAGAACGAGAACGACGAGCGAGAUCGUCGUCCUCGUUGGCUAAUUGCUGAUACGGGUACACGGAGGGACCGUCGCCGUCGCCGUCGCCGUCGCCGCAGCAGCCGCCGUACACGGGCUUCGGCUUGUUCUCUCGCCCAGCGCAGCCGAUCGCCAUGUGCAAGCCACAGCUGCAGUAGCAGCAGCUCCUUUGCUGAUGCUGUCGCCGCUAAACACGUUGAGAAGCGGAUCUCGCAAGUGGCUAAUCGAGCUGGAACAUACAGGCUUACUCCCGAAACACUACGCUUAUGA